AUUAUAGAAAGAGAAAGUACUUUAUGGAGUGUCAGAAGUUAGAAGAUGAAUUCGUACAUGUGUAUACGUGCAUUUAUAUUUGCGAAAAUGGUGUUUAAUACGCUAUAAUAAUCAAUUUAAAUAGUGUGUUUAAUUUGGGAAGCAAAGCAAAUUGUUAUUAAAUUAUUAAAUAUUCCUCGAGUGAGCAUACCAAAGAAAUGCCGGUAUAUGUCGGACAUUGCUAAAGAUUUUAAGUAUAUCAUUACAUAAACUAACGAAUUAAAUUUAUUAAGAGUAUACACAAUUAAUUACUUCAAUCAUAAUAUACAUUAAUUUCAUUUUGGUGUUGUUUUAACGCGAUUAUAUUUCGAAUAACCCAAAAGUGUAUAUUGCAAUGUAUAUCCAUUAAUAUACAUUGAAGUCUCCUACAUUGGAAGUAAUUUAAUCAUGCCGUGCUGGUACUAUGAAAAGAAGGAGCUACGCAAUACACCGUCUAUUCAGGAUGGUAUCGAUUACGAGACGGAAUGUAGAUAUCGAAAAGAAGGUGCACGUUUUAUAAUCGACACUGGUACAAAGAUGGAUUUAGGUUAUAAUACAAUGGCAACGGGUGUCGUUUAUUUCCAUCGAUUCUACAUGUUUCAUUCAUUUAAAAAUUUUCCACGAUAUGUAACAGCUUGUUGCUGUUUACUCUUAGCUGGCAAAGUUGAAGAGACUCCAAAAAAAUGUAAGGAUAUUAUACGGACGGCUAAGACUUUAGUGUCCGAACAAAAGUUUAUGACAUUUGGAGAAGAUCCUAAAGAAGAAGUCUUAACUUUAGAAAGAAUUUUGUUGCAAACUAUUAAAUUUGAUCUGCAAGUUGAACACCCAUAUAGCUAUUUAUUGAAAUAUGCCAAGUGUCUUAAAGGUGAUAAAAACAAACUGCAAAAGAUGGUUCAAAUGGCUUGGACAUUUGUUAAUGAUAGUUUAUGUACCACUCUGUCGCUACAAUGGGAACCAGAAAUAAUAGCUGUUGCUCUAAUGUACUUGGCAGGAAAGCUAAGUAAGUUUGAGGUAGUAGACUGGGUUGGAAGACAACCAAAGCAUUUACGCUGGUGGGAUAUGUUCGUUGAAGAUGUAACUAUGGAUCUUUUGGAAGAUAUUUGCCAUCAAGUUUUGGAUUUAUAUUCACAAGCUAAUAACACAAAACCGCCAGAUUCGCCACCCAUGAUACCAUCUAGCGAGGUGUGUCGAGAACGACCUGUUGCUACUACUACUAUAGAAUCUGCAUCUAAUACACCCAAUGUGACGCCUGGAAAAUCUUCUAAGAUAGAAACACCAGUGGUUUCUGCAAACGGAUGUCCAACCACAGAUAUCGUGGAUACGAUAAAACCAAUAGAUACUUCAACAGCACAUUUUCCUACAUAUCCAACGAAUUUCGCACCAUCUAAUAAUACAAACUAUCCGCCGGCAUUUCCACCUGCAAACGUUUCAGUUCCACCUCCUCCUGUGAAUACGAUGAAUCAUAUUGUACCAACAAUGCAUCAUAUUGGAUCCUCCGCUCCCAUUCGUCCUACUCCACCACCUGCACCAGCUACUAAUCAAACUUUUCAACCAUAUUCCUAUCCAACAAACGCGUCAUAUUUUCCAGCAAAUAAUCCAAUUCCACCUACCGCACCACCACGCAGCUAUUAUCCACCACAGCCAUAACAAAAGGCAAUAUAUUAUGUAUUCAAUAAAAAUUGUAUCGACUUGAA